AUGUUGAAAAUACCUCAUUUCAUCGGUGUGUUUUCCAGAGACAAGUUGCCUCCAAGAGCUAAGCAUCAAGAGUCUGCUGUGGUUAAUUUAGACAUCGAAAACGGUACAGAUUACAAACGUAUUUUAAUAAAUUGUAACCAACAACUUAUAUUAAACAGAGCAUCACUGGAUAUAAAUGCCGUUAAGCAGUAUAAGAAUAAUGAAGUUGUCGCAGACGCUCCUAAACUAAAAGACUCAAGGUCAGUGAUAAAGAAAAAUAAGAUUGUUGAAAGUAGUAAACAAUCAGAACCGUUGACAUGCGCGUUUAGAUCGUGGGAGUUGUGUGAAUAUCCAUUUUUACCUCAAAACACUUCGCAUUCCUGGAAAGUAAAGACAUCUAACAAAUUAGAAAAACCUAGAUAUGUCAUAAUCGGAUUUCAAACUGGUAGGAAAAAUAGCUCGAAUAAAACAAUGUCACAUUUUGACCAUUGUAAAAUUAAAAACUUGAAGGUCUAUUUAAACUCAGAAGUGUUUCCCUAUGAAGAUUUCCAAAGCGACUUUACCAGGAAUAAGUUGGCUACAUUAUACCGCGCCUAUGUAGAGUUUCAAAAAUCUUACUACGGCCAUGACGAAGUGACACCUCUACUGAACCGAUCAGAUUUCAAAAAUCUGUGUCCGAUUAUAGUUGUUGAUAUGAGCAAGCAGAACGAUAAUGUAAAAAUGUUAACUGUCGACCUAAGGAUUGAACUAGAAGCAGGUUAG